GGAAGUUUAAGCUGACCUUUGCGUAAAAAUAUGUCAUUAAUUUGAAAUUUUUGAAAUGCAGUCGGAAGACGGCAAUAGAGAAAGUCGGUUUUCUUGUCCCUAAUCCUCACUAAAUGGGGAACGCACGUUACCGUGAUCAUUUCUUCGAUUUCCUUAAUAGCAUUUCAGAACUUAUUAAAGAUGAUUUGUAACAGCGGUCUACUGCUGACCCGCAAGCUCAAAGAACUCGUGGUAGGCAGCAGCGAUCCUACGCGAUCCACCAGCAGCCUCUCGCUGAGAUCACACAAAACUUCGGUGACUUCCACUCAACUAAAAACUUCGAAAUCCAUAACUGAAAAUCUCACGAGCCUGAGCGACGACAAGACUAAAUCUUUCGCUCAAUAUACCAAUGUCGAUCCUCCUGAGGUGAAGGAGUCCGAGAAGGAUCAUCGAAGAAGCUCCUUCUCCACAAGACUCGAAUUUACGGACAAGACCUUGGAAGCUGACCGGAAUAAUGCGCUCAGGGAGCCUUUGUUAUGCCCUGGAGAAAAUUCCGUGAGGGAUCAUUCGGUCUAUGGUAAAAAUAUCAGUCUCUCUCGGCAGUCCCGGAGAUCAAAAUCUGUGAGUAACUUGGCGCUUUCGUCCGGUAAAUUGUCGACGAGCGGGAUAAAAAAUCAACGUGAUGCCGGAGAUAUAAAAGUUGUUGAAAAUUACUCUGAAGAUUGUGAACUCGAUUUAAUUAAUUUUUCGCGUGAAGUCGAGAGUCGAAGUUCAGUUAGAGAGCUCGCCAAAAAGCUCGAAAAAUCCUUGACUCAAAUUCCUCGACGCGAGAUCCCUCCUCAAAUUUCUACUCCGGUAUACUGCACGAGCCCAAGAAAACGAGUAAAUACUGAAGUUUCCUGCUUGGUCGGCGGUGUCGUUCACACGAAGGUGGCUCUUGAUCCAGGAAAUUUGUACCCAAACUGCUACCCUGACUCUGGUCUUUGUAGCAAUGCUGGAUCUUCGUGCAACGACGUCCGUCUUGACGAUUGCCAAGAAGUUCCACGCUUUGCUGAGAGCCGAAAGCUGUUGCUUUAUUCCGAUGUUGGUGCAGAGGAUCAUCAGGCUAGCGCACGCGGGAAUGGUUCUGUGGAGAUCGACAGCUUUACAGAUAUUGAAGCUCGCCAGAAAAAGUGUUCGUCAACACCGAACUUUAUCGUCAGGAAGAAGAAGAAGCCUCGGCAUCCAACUUGUGAAGCUUUAAGUUUACAUGAAAAUCCUGGAUGCCAUAGAAAUAAUCCUGUAAACGAGGAUAUUAUUUCUCCCGAUCAUCACAACGGUGAUUUGAAGCAUCCAUCUUUGCUGAGGAAACUGACAAAGCUGAAAAUUAAAUUCUCUAAUGGAGAUGACGGUAGUUCCCUGAUGACAUAUUCAUUGGACAGACGAAAUAAAUCGCAUCUACGCGAUUGCUCCGAACUUCGAAAACUCAGUGAUACAAGUCAUAGCUCUACUCCGAAACUGCCAACUGUUGAGUUUUCUCCUGUGCCAAGCUGCAAAUUUUCGGCCGAUAAAUCAACACUCAAUCGAGCACCAAUCACUACAACGUCUACAAUGGAUUGUCAAUUAAGCCCUGGUUUUGUAUAUUCUAAUCCUAGUAUUCCUCGUAUUCGCGAUACAGAAACGGAUCAGAAGACGACCAGCGAAUCAGAAGGUGAUCAGCUGAUUGCCAUCAAAGGUACAGGAGGAGUCGUCAGCAAAGUACUGCGAUCUUCAAGCUUGCAGCUCCGGGACCGAAUGCACAGAUUCCCAAAUUCCAGCAAGAAUGAUAACUCGGAUUAUCCUAUAUGUGAGAUAAGGAAAGUCGCUGAUAACUCCAAGACUCCUUCACCCAUUCCUGGAAGUCGUUUACUUUCAAAUGAAACUGAAACCUCGGGUAAAAACUCGAAUGUUUCUUCUCCCAACUUUGAUUACCGUCGCUUCUUGGCGGAAAAAGUAUUGGGUUACUCGCCUCCGCCUCCCGCCCAUAAAAACCGAGCGGUGCCACAAGUUGCCCAGUCGGCAACCCGCAUGAGGGAGGCGCGAGUGCCGCUGGUCACGUGGGAGCCUCAGUUCUGCGUGCUGCUGCAGGAACAAGCUACGCUCACCGCAUACCGCGCUGAGGAGAUGGCC